CCAGAACAGGAAGUGAGUGUGUGGCUUGCUGCGCUGUGACUAUUCAUUCUGAUGGCUAAGAAAGUGUUGACGUUUGUUCGUCAAAGUAAAGAUCUCUUUACAUACGAGAGGACACCAGACAUGGCCUCAGACCCUUUGGUUUAAGAGUGCUCUGGUGUCUCAUCUGGUGGAGCUUCUUCCACCCUGCCAGGCCUGAGGCUCCCACUGUGGACAUCUACAUGAGUCACUGUACCAGAUAGAGCUGGGCCCUGACGAGUUCCAUGAUGGGGAACAUAUUGAAGGGAGAGGACGAAAAUAAAUCCAAUAUGGACAACAAUGACAGCACCCUGAGAGAUUCUGAGGAUGAAAUCCUCAUCGUGCUCCAAGACUACCCGUCUCCAGAUGUCAGCGAGCCGCUCUUCAGGAUGGGAGAGAAGCUCAAGGCCGUUUCUCAAGAAGUCGGUUGGUGGAGAGUCCAGUCCGGCCCACCAGGAAGCGAAAACUAUAUUCCUAACAACUAUGUAGCAAAGGUGUAUCAUGGUUGGCUGUUCGAGGGAGUGAUGAGAAGGAAGGCAGAAGAGCUGCUUCAGCUCCCUGGACACAGAGUGGGCUCCUUCAUGGUCAGAGAGAGCAUCAAAGAGAAAGGUGUGUACUCCCUGUCAGUGAAGCACAGGUCCAUAAAGCACUACAAGGUCCUGCGACUGGACAACAGCUGGUACUACAUCUCACCGAGGCUCACUUUCCAGUGCCUGGAGGAUAUGGUUAACCAUUACUCUGACUCAGCAGAUGGCCUGUGCUGUGUCCUCACCACCCCAUGUCUGUCUGGGAAUGCCUCCACCCUGGAAGGCCCUCCACAGGCGCCCCCGGUGGUCAUGAGGCGUCACUUUGACUGGAAGAAAGUAGACAGAAAAGAGCUGGUGAGCUUAGAGAACCCCGGUAGCCCGGACAACAAUGACGCCAUGGUGAGCUACGGCGUUCGGAACAGCAUGGCCUCCUACCUGUCCCUGACGGGAGCCCUCGACCCCGCGCAGGACAAGAAGAGCCGGAAGAAAAAGAGCAAGUCUCUCUACGUUCUCCCCAACAGCACUCUGGAGAACAUGGACUAUGACUUCUAGACAGAAUGAGCAAGGUCUGGAACAGGGAGCUUACAAACCUAUCUAUCCAUGUGGAGUGGAGCCAGAAAUACGUGUCAGAGUUGAGUUGACACAUAUUUGAAGAUUUGAAGAGUCCCCUGAGAUGAUCUGAAACAAUCUAAACAGUGAUAUGUGAAUCUGUACUGAAACAACGGGUUUAGGGUUAGGUUCUUAUGUAGGCCUCUUCACUUUCGAAGAAGAAAAUCAGACAAGGGUAUCGACAGCCCUGCUGCUGUGAAGCCCACAGAGGCUGUAGGGUGACCUGGAUAGGCCUCCUCCUUCCCUUCACUCCAGCCCUCCAACGUUGGUCUCGGUAUGAGACCGGUGAAUGGAAUGGAGGAUUAUGAGAAGCACGAUCAACCAUUCUCUGCUUUUAAUACUGCCGGGAACUAUCAGCGUGGCAUCAUGACAGUCAUAGUCAGACUUGAAUGCAUCUGAAAGUGUUUGUUUAUUAUGUUGUAUAUUUUGGAGGUUUAUUAUAUUAUAUAACUUAUCAUUGGUAUAAACUUGUUUUGAGUGAGGGCUUUCUCUGUUGGUCAGCCGGUUUCCUCACUUUCUAAUCUUUAACAAUGUAUAUUAAGUUAAUCGUAUUUGUUGAUAAGAAUCUAAAUAAAGUAUGUAUGACAUUGCACAA